GCAGGUUAAAUUUUCUGUCUUCAGGAUGCAAUACUCAAUAGACUUUCCAGCAUCACAGCGCAAAGUUGAGGGAGACGGAGAAUGUGCGUGCGUGUGUGCGUAUAUGAGUGUCUGGAUCAGUGUAUUGGAGCGGGCAGUAAAUAAAGGCUGGGGCCAGCGAGGGGAAGAGGAAAGCAAGAAUUGAGAAGCAAAAGCGUGGCUCGGAUCCUAGUGAACCUGCUGGAGCUCCUCCGGCUUUUGCUCAGAGCCCCUGCACCAACUCACCCAGUACCCCCUCUCCUUCCUCCUUCGCCUUCUCUCCCCCUUUCCCCUCCUUGUCUCGUUGCACCCUCCACCUACCCUCCCCCGCCCCCUCCACUUUCUCAUCUGACCAGAGGACGAAUGAGUGAGGCGUUCCAGCAAAUUGGGGCAGCAACUUUCCUCAGCUGGUCUCCCGGCUCCGGGAGCAGUUGCGCCCUGCUUCCCCGCUGUCUGCGGCCCAUGGAGGAGGAGGGGGAGCCGCAGCAGUGAUGGGCUAGCGGCAGAAACGAGAAGCCAGCCCCGAGCGAGCCCAACGUCGCCAGCCAGCUCCGCGUUCCCACGCCGGUUCCCUCAAUCUCUUUCCGGGGGGCUGGCGCAGGCGGAGGUGGGGUAGGGUGAGGCGCGCAGGGUGCAAACGGGGAGCAUCCCAGGGAGGAUGAGGCGGGGACCCGACCUGAGCGGGCUGCCUCUCGAGGGCGUGCGACAGCGGCUGGGUCUGGGCAGGAAUUAAGAAGCUGGGAAGAUGGAGCGCCGCACACUCCUCGCGCAGCCCGGGCUCUGGACCAGGGACACCAGCUGGGCGCUUCUCUAUUUCCUCUGCUACGUCCUCCCCCAGACGGCUCCUCAAGUACUCAGGAUCGGAGGAAUUUUUGAAACUGUGGAAAAUGAACCUGUUAAUGUUGAAGAAUUAGCGUUCAAGUUUGCAGUCACCAGCAUUAACAGAAAUCGAACCCUGAUGCCUAACACCACAUUAACCUAUGACAUUCAGAGAAUUAACCUUUUUGAUAGUUUUGAAGCCUCACGGAGAGCAUGUGACCAGCUGGCUCUUGGUGUGGCUGCUCUCUUUGGCCCUUCCCAUAGCUCCUCUGUCAGUGCUGUGCAGUCUAUUUGCAAUGCUCUCGAAGUUCCACAUAUACAGACUCGCUGGAAACACCCUUCAGUGGACAACAAAGACCUGUUUUACGUCAACCUCUACCCAGAUUAUGCAGCUAUCAGCAGAGCAGUCCUGGAUCUGGUCCUCUACUACAACUGGAAAACAGUGACUGUGGUGUAUGAAGACAGCACAGGUCUCAUUCGUCUGCAAGAGCUCAUCAAAGCUCCCUCCAGAUAUAACAUUAAAAUCAAAAUCCGCCAGCUGCCCUCUGGGAAUAAAGAUGCCAAGCCUUUACUCAAGGAGAUGAAGAAAGGCAAGGAGUUCUAUGUGAUAUUUGAUUGUUCACAUGAAACAGCCGCUGAAAUCCUUAAGCAGAUCCUGUUCAUGGGCAUGAUGACUGAGUACUAUCAUUACUUUUUCACAACCCUGGACUUAUUUGCUUUAGAUCUGGAACUCUAUAGGUACAGUGGUGUAAAUAUGACCGGGUUUCGGCUGCUUAAUAUUGACAAUCCUCACGUGUCAUCCAUCAUUGAGAAGUGGUCCAUGGAGAGACUGCAGGCCCCACCCAGGCCUGGGACUGGCCUUUUGGAUGGCAUGAUGACAACUGAAGCGGCUCUGAUGUAUGAUGCUGUGUACAUUGUGGCCAUUGCCUCCCACCGGGCUUCCCAGCUGACUGUCAGCUCCCUGCAGUGCCAUCGACACAAGCCAUGGCGCCUUGGACCCAGAUUUAUGAACCUGAUCAAAGAGGCUCAGUGGGAUGGCUUGACUGGGCGUAUCACCUUCAAUAAAACCGAUGGCUUGAGGAAGGAUUUUGAUCUGGACAUUAUUAGUCUCAAAGAGGAAGGAACUGAAAAGGUUGCUGGCGAAGUGUCUAAACACUUAUAUAAAGUGUGGAAGAAGAUUGGGAUUUGGAACUCCAACAGUGGGCUUAACAUGACAGACGGCAACAAAGACAGGUCCAAUAAUAUCACCGAUUCACUCGCCAACCGAACGCUCAUCAUCACCACAAUUCUGGAAGAACCCUAUGUGAUGUACAGGAAAUCUGAUAAGCCCCUGUAUGGAAAUGACAGAUUUGAAGGAUAUUGCCUGGAUCUAUUGAAGGAAUUGUCAAACAUCCUGGGUUUCAUUUAUGAUGUUAAACUUGUCCCUGAUGGCAAAUAUGGAGCUCAGAAUGACAAAGGAGAGUGGAAUGGAAUGGUCAAAGAACUUAUAGAUCAUAGGGCUGAUCUGGCGGUGGCUCCUCUUACCAUCACUUACGUGCGGGAAAAAGUCAUAGACUUCUCCAAACCCUUCAUGACCCUGGGCAUCAGCAUUCUCUACCAUAAGCCCAAUGGCACCAAUCCAGGGGUCUUCUCCUUCCUCAACCCUCUAUCUCCUGACAUUUGGAUGUAUGUGCUUUUAGCCUGUUUAGGAGUCAGUUGUGUACUCUUUGUGAUCGCAAGGUUUACACCCUACGAGUGGUAUAACCCCCACCCAUGCAAUCCUGACUCAGACGUGGUGGAAAACAAUUUUACUUUACUAAACAGUUUCUGGUUUGGAGUUGGAGCUCUCAUGCAACAAGGAUCAGAGUUGAUGCCCAAAGCUCUAUCAACAAGAAUAGUUGGAGGGAUAUGGUGGUUUUUCACACUAAUCAUCAUUUCAUCCUACACUGCCAAUCUGGCUGCCUUCUUGACAGUAGAGCGAAUGGAAUCCCCCAUUGAUUCAGCAGAUGACCUGGCAAAACAAACCAAGAUAGAAUAUGGGGCAGUCAGAGAUGGAUCAACAAUGACCUUCUUCAAGAAAUCGAAGAUAUCCACCUACGAGAAGAUGUGGGCUUUCAUGAGUAGCAGGCAGCAGACUGCCCUGGUCAAAAACAGUGAUGAGGGCAUCCAACGUGUGCUCACCACUGACUAUGCCUUGCUGAUGGAGUCCACCAACAUUGAGUAUGUGACGCAGAGAAACUGUAACCUCACUCAGAUCGGGGGCCUCAUUGACUCCAAAGGUUAUGGAGUGGGAACACCUAUAGGCUCUCCUUACCGGGAUAAAAUUACUAUUGCUAUUCUUCAAUUACAAGAAGAGGGGAAACUGCAUAUGAUGAAAGAGAAAUGGUGGCGGGGAAAUGGCUGCCCUGAGGAAGAUAACAAAGAGGCCAGUGCUCUGGGAGUAGAAAAUAUUGGGGGUAUCUUCAUUGUUCUGGCUGCUGGACUGGUCCUUUCUGUAUUUGUAGCCAUUGGAGAAUUUAUAUACAAAUCACGGAAAAACAACGAUAUUGAGCAGCCUUUUUGUUUCUUUUAUGGACUGCAGUGUAAGCAAACCCAUCCAACCAGCUCCACUUCUGGAACCACUUUAUCUACGGAUUUAGAAUGUGGCAAAUUAAUUCGAGAGGAGAGAGGGAUUCGGACACAGUCCUCAAUUCACACUGUGUAAUCAUUAAAAAAAAAAUAAGUUGUGCCAAGUAGAAACUGCUUCUGCUAAUUGGUGGUGUUGAUGAUGUCUGUAUCUACUAAGCAUAAAUAGCCAUAAUCCCUAUCCUUGUUUUAAGAUAGCAAAACUCAUGUACUCUGAACAUUGAAUUCAAUGCACUGGAGACACAUGUGCAUUUUAUAUUGAAACAGCAGCAUAUUAGGCGUAUACAGAUUCCAAGAUAUGUGUGUUUACAGGAAUUGUCUAUACCAUCAAGAGAAUGGUUAUCUUAGUUGUAUUUUCAUGUAUUAAAAAUAAGCACCUCUUGCCUCAUGCAAAAGUAGAUUCAGACUUUCAACAGUGCAAAGCAUGAAAACAAAACGAUAUUUGGAGGAAUUCUUUUCAUCUUUGUGAACCUUUUUUUCUCCUCUUUUCUUCUCCCUGUACAUACACUCUGUAGAUCCACACUUUCCAAGUACCCAAAGCCCCAUCUUUUUAUAAUAACUCCUUAACAAUGUUAAUUUUUCAUUCAAAUUGAGUCUACUAUUUGAAAUGUACUAUUUACACUGAGAUUCCAAGAAGUCUUAGAUUUUAAAGAUUCAAAAAAGUGACCCAGAAAAUGAAAACUAAACUUGAAACCUCUGGUGUCAUGGAAGAAGAGCAUUAGCUAAGGUGAACAUCACUCAGGAAGACACAACAGAGUCAAAAAUGAUCCCUGCAGAGAAAUUCAUUACCAUCAAGCUCUCAAGUAACAUUUACUUGUAGAGCUUAACAAUCUUCUGUAGGUUCAGAUAGGUAGUAUGCUCAGAAUCUUUAAGGAACUGUGAUUUUUUUUUCAAGUUAUAGAUUAUAUUUUGCAAGCUCCAAGCACAGUCCUAAGGUAGAAAUUAAUGCCUAGCAUCUUCUAUUUUCCACUCACUUGCCCUCAUUCUUUGCACUGAAGAACAUCUUUUCACAAGAUGUUAUUUCAUUCCUGUCCUAAGAGAGUGGUUGUUUUUGUAGCAAUCUUUUCUGAGCCUCGACACUUUCACACUCAUUCCUCUGGAUCCUUUGCCAUUUUCAAUUCAUUCCAAGUAUACUGGGGAGAAGGACAAGGAGGAAAAAGUAAAUAGAUGAAAGAAUUUCCACACACAUUAGUUACGGAUCUUUGUAGAUUUAUUUCCCACCUGCAUUCAAAAUGCUGUAAAUAAUUUUCACUCUAACUGAGUUUGUGACAUAGAAAGCCAACUACAUACUUAAUUUGUUGUGACAGGAUGUCUGCUGUCCCUCUGAGCUCUUUCCCUCUUCACAGUGAAUAGGGGAAUUGAAGAUGCCCUUCAUCUUCCCUCAAUAUGGGAUAAGUUGAUCUUUGUUCUCCUUAAUGGGGUUACCUUUUGACAUGUGAAGUGAUCCCCAAAAAUAUAUUUCUCAGAAGUAGAGAUAGGCCAUCUGUGCAAUCAUGUAGCAUUUUGCCUUCUCUUUGCUUAGCUUUAAAUGGGUUCCAAUUUCUGAAUCACGAGUCUCUUCAAUCAACUCUAGAUUUCUCCAGUAAAACAUGUUCAGGAGAGUUGACUCUUGCCCUGAUUGUUUCUCAGUCUUGGUUUCUUCUUUAAAUAAAUAUACUUUUAAGGAAAUGUCUAUAAAUUACACUGACAUUUAUUAGCUGUUAUUGGGGUAAAAGCAACAUACUGUUUGCCCUAGAUCAGAGUUCACAUCCUCAUAAUCAAAAACAUCAGAUGGGGCUUCCCUGGUGGCACAGUGGUUGAGAGUCCGCCUGACGAUGCAGGGGACACGGGUUCGUGCCCCGGUCCGUGAAGAUAUUACAUACCGCGGAGCGGCUGGGCCCAUGAGCCUUGGCCACUGAGCCUGCGCGUCUGGAGCCUG